ACGUGCAGCUCCGCGCUGCUUCCGGGUUCGCGCACAGUCAGCUUUAGGUAUGGCAGAGGAGGCAGUGGGAAGGGAGCUGCUGGCCGCGGUGCUGCGGGACCUGGCUGCUCCGGAGGGUCACCCGAGGCCACAGAACCGGAGGCUGAGUCGUGAUGAGGCGGAAGGGGAGCUGUGCGAGGCGGUGCUGCGGCUGGUGGGGGGAAGAGGUGGUCCAUCAUGGCUUGCUGCCAGCCUAACUAGGGCUGCUGUUGACCAGGCACUGCAGAGUGACCUGUCUUCAUUCGUGGAAAGGAAAGGGGAUGUGAUAGAGGGAUCACAAAAAGAUGGUGACACUGAAGAUCUCCUCAGCUCAGAUGCCUUAUUUCAGCAUUGCCUUACCAGUGUCCAAGAUAUCAGCAGUCAGUGGCAAAAGCAGCUACCUUCUCCACCUAAUUCUAUAUGUACAUUAUAUGUGUCUGCCCAUGCAGUCCGAAAUACACGAAGGAAAAUGGAGGACCGGCAUGUGACACUGUUGGAUUUUAAUCAGCUUUUUGGAAUUACGGAUGGCGUUGCACGAUCAUACUUUGCUGUUUUCGAUGGACACGGUGGGUUGGAUGCAGCCAAUUAUGCUGCCACCCAUGUCCAUGUUACUGUGGCCGGUCAUGAAGCAUUGAUGUCCGACCCGGCCCGUGCCCUAAAAGAAGCCUUUCAGCGUACAGAUGCUAUGUUCCUCAAAAAAGCAAAGAGAGAGAGACUACGCAGCGGUACCACUGGUGUAUGUGCCGUAUUGGAAGGGGAGCGCCUGCAUGUGGCUUGGUUGGGAGAUUCCCAAGCACUUCUUGUACAGCAGGGAAGUCCAGUCACCCUCAUGGAGCCCCACAAGCCGGAGCGAGAGGAUGAACGAGAAAGAAUAGAAGCCCUUGGUGGCUGUGUUACUUAUACGGGGUGCUGGCGGGUCAAUGGUACCCUUGCUGUAUCCAGAGCUAUUGGUGACAUCGACCAAAAGCCAUACGUGUCUGGAGAAGCUGAUGUUACCACCCACGUUCUUAGUGGCACUGAAGACUUCCUGGUUUUGGGAUGUGAUGGAUUUUAUGAUGUUGUGACAUCUUCUGAGGUACCCAGUCUUGUUCUAGGUCACCUUCUGGAGAAUGGUGGAGAUGGACAGCAUGUUGCUGAGAGGCUGGUGUCUGCAGCAAAAGAGGGUGGCUCUAGUGACAACAUCACCGUAAUGGUGGUCUUUCUGCGAGACCCAGCUAAAGUCUUGGAAGAUUUUCUAGCCCAUGGAAGUGUGGAGGCAGAACCGUUGUUUGAUUUUGGAGGUGGUGGAGCAGAGGUUGGAUAAGACCAUGCUGGCUGAUGUUUUUUCUUCCUGCUAAUCCAGUUCUAUGGCUCAUAUAGAUGUCAUAAUCUCAGGAUAUUUUGUUAGGGAAACCAGUAGAAUACUGGACUUGUAUAGGGAGUCACAUCUCAUACUAAUUAUCAGACAGUUCUGUUUAACACUCAGUUAAUGUCAAUUCAUC